CUGCCCAGCCCAAGGCACCGGGGUUGUAAUGAGAAAGGAAGCAGUGUGGUGACACAUAAAGCAGUGCUGCCCCCAGAUGAGUCCCCAGUGGAAUGUUAAGCUCCCUAUUGCCCUGGGGUGUUGGUCACAGCUGCCCCAAUCCCUGCAUGCGGAUGCUGCAAUUACCUAAGAGCAUGAAACCCGGCUUCCCACCUGACUGAGUCAGCUGAAAACACAAACACAUCUCCACCGCCACAAACAGCCAAGCUACUAAUCAGAGUCUGGAGCUACCACCAGAAAGGACACAGCCCCACACUGCCCUAGAGACGGCACAUGGACUGGACCUAUCUGCCUCCUGCCUGACCCAAGAAGACCCAUCUCUGCGGCCAGCAGGGCUAUUGUCACUCCAGCUCCAGUAAGUGCCGCUUCUCUCUCUUGGGUUUUUUUCCACUGCCCUAUCAUGUAACCAGGCCACUCCUGUUCCUGUGGGGAACCUGCUGCCAGAACUCCCAGCUCUCUGCUCGCCUAGUCAAAAACGCACCCUCUUCCUGGGACCUCCAUCUCACCAUACAAGACUUAGCCAAAGGUGCUGAGCAGAAAGAAACACUGAGGCCUUUGCUUCUAGCCCACUAGGGCUGGCUCCCUGAUUCUUGGCAUUCACUGCCCCAGCAGGGACCAAAUGUUCACUGGCUACUCUUAAACACCUGUCUGCUGGCUGUCCUGGGCCCUAUGGAGACCUGGCGGAAAGGCUCCUUCCGCAAUGCUUCCUUCUUCAAGCGGCUGAGCCUAGGGCGGCCACGGCGACUCCGGCGACAGGGCAGUGUACUUAGCCAGGCCAGCACAGCUGGUGGUGACCAUGAGGAGUACAGCAACCGAGAGGUCAUCCGAGAGCUGCGAGGGAGGCCAGAUGGCCGGCGCCUGCCACUGUGGGGGGACGAGCAGCCCCGGGCCACCCUGCUGGCCCCACCCAAGCCCCCACGCCUUUACCGAGAGAGCUCCAGCUGCCCCAACAUCCUGGAGCCCCCACCCGCCUACUCUGCUGCCUACUCAGCCACCCUGCCAUCAGCACUCUCUCUGGCAGAUGCCCUACACCAGUACUCAGAGGAAGACCUUUUGGACACUCCCCACUUCCAGAGGACACCUGCUCCAGACCUCAAUGAUCCCUUUUUCUCCUUCAAAGUGGACCUGGGGAUUUCACUUCUUGAAGAAGUCCUACAGAUGCUGAGGGAACAAUUUCCCAGUGAACUCAGCUUCUGAAUGGGGUGAGGAUAGGCAGAGCUGGGGUGACUGAAAGAGCCCAAUCCUGGAGACCCAGGAAAGGA